GUGGAGUAUAGAGAGAUGGAUGAGAGUCUUGCAAACCUGUCAGAAGAUGAGUAUUACUCUGAAGAAGAGAGAAAUGCUAAAGCUGAGAAAGAGAAAAAACUGCCACCACCACCUCCACCAGCUCCUGCAGAAGAAGAGAAUGAAAGUGAGCCGGAGGAGCCAUCUGGGCAAGCAGGAGGACUUCAAGACGACAAUUCUGGAGGGUAUGGAGACGGCCAAGCAUCAGGUGUGGAGGGUGCAGCUUUCCAGAGCAGACUUCCACAUGACCGUAUGACAUCUCAAGAAGCUGCCUGCUUCCCUGAUAUAAUCAGUGGGCCACAGCAGACUCAGAAGGUGUUUCUGUACAUCAGGAACCGCACCCUGCAGCUCUGGUUGGAUAACCCAAAGAUUCAGUUGACGUUUGAGGCAACUAUCCAACAAUUAGAAGCACCUUACAAUAGUGACACAGUGCUGGUUCAUAGAGUACACAGCUAUCUGGAGCGGCACGGUCUAAUCAACUUUGGUAUCUACAAAAGAGUGAAGCCCCUUCCAAGUAAGAAACUUGAAAAUUUUUUCUAG